AUGUUGAAACUAAAUUUAAACUCUGUUUGCUCUCUCUCUCUCUCUCUCUCUCUCAAACACAAGGGUCACAGUUCUCAGAACCAAACAGAACCACCCAAGUUGCGUUCGAAAGUGGAGAUCAAGACGGAUAAAAUUAGCAACUUACCAAGUGAUGUUACAGAAAAAUUUUUGUUACUUUUGCCAAUUAGGGAUGCAGUGAGGACAAGUGUCUUAUCAAGAAAGUGGAGAUACAAAUCGGCUAUGCUUCCACAUCUUAAGUUCGAUAGUCUGUCUGUAUCAACUGUAAAGCAGACAACCUUUGCAAACAUCGUUGAUCAAGUACUCUUACUUCACAUUGGCCCCAUAUGCAGUUUCCUGCUUUCUCGUCCCGAUGAUUUUCUAGCAAACAGUGAUAUUGAACGAUGGAUUCUUCAUCUAUCAAGAAACUCUAUCAAAGAGUUCACACUUGAAAAUUGGAAAAGUCAUCUCUACGAGAUGCCUUCAUGUUUCUUCUCCUGUCAAGAUAUGACUCAUUUAGACUUAUAUAGGUGCUUGCUACAGCCUCCAUCAACAUUCAAAGGCUUUAGAAGUUUGAAGAGUCUUUGCAUGGAGAAUGCUACCUUGGCCCAAGAUGUGUUUAAGAAUUUGAUUGUUUGCUGUCCUCUGCUUAAGACACUCCGUUUGCUAAACUGCGAUGGUUUACGUCAUCUCAAGAUGGAUGCACCGAAACUAGAAUUACUUGAGGUUGAGGUUGAUGAAGGUGUUUUUGAGAUGGUUAAUCUUCAGAAUACCUUAAAUCUUGCUGAUGUUUCCAUUACUUUGGCCAUCAAUGAUGACUUAAGACAGGUUCCUGACAGCAAUUUAGUCCAAUUUUUUGUUCACUUUCCUCAUAUUCGAAGGCUCACAUUUGGAAGAAACUUUUUAAAGUAUUUGGCUGUUCGUGCCUUGCCAGGAAAGCUGCCUCAACCAUGCCUAUGUCUGAAGUUUCUUUCUAUUAGCAUCCGCUUUAAAGCUCUAAAGGAGAUUUUAGCAGCUCUUUGCCUUCUGAGAAGCUCCCCUGCCCUACAAGAACUUGAAAUUUUUGCUCACCACGAAGAUCGGGAUGUUGUGGGAGAAGUGAACUCUUGGUUAGAUGACAAUCAGAAUUGCCAAUUCACUGAACUCCAGCGUGUGAAAAUGAUAAGCAUGUCUGGUGGCAAACAUGAACUAGAUUUCAUCAGAUUUCUGCUUCUAAGUUCCCCUGUGCUUGAGAGGAUGACUGUUAAGCCAGCUUCUUACAACGGUUCUUCUGAACUUUUAAAAAAGUUGUUCCGGUUUAGGCGUGCCUCAUUGUGUGCUGAGAUAAUCUACUUGGACCCAUGA